AUGUUUAUUACCGUGUUAUAUGGAGAUAAUGAAUACGCUCUCUUCAAUGCAAACUGUAAGACUCAGAUUUUGCUGGACUGUAUCAAAAAGAACUGUCACUAUGAGACUGAAGCUGAGGUUGAUCUAGCGGACGACAGCGGACAAGUGAAGAAUCUACCACAAAACCAACAUUGCUACACCUCUGACAUCCUGACUGAACGACAAGUUUAUAUUCUUCUUGGUGUGAGCAAACCAGCCUGUGCCUCGACACCCAUGUAUAUGCCAUUACUGAACAACAAUAAUAUUGUCAAUUCCAAAUUCCUAGCUAAGCUCGGAGCCCGGUUAGACUCUCUCACUCAGUUCCCAGGAAAAGCAAUGAAGUCGAACAAAAAGUCCCCAUCACCAUCUCCCUCUCGCUCAUCCACUGCAGACGGUAAACAGAGUGCUUCACCCCACGGCAGACGUAAAAACACCCCAACACCUCGGUCUGGGAAACACACUCAAGACACUUAA